AUGGGAUUUACAAUCCGAGCGGCGAGUCCGACCGACCUGCCCUCCAUAGCAACUCUUGAUAUCGCAGCUCACAAGCCAACAUCAGCCCUCCUAAACAUGAACCUACUUCCACCAGACGACAUACACGCUCUGUACCUCUCCCGUUACGCACACUUCCUGUCACAACCAGAUUGUUAUCGAUUCCUCGUUGCCAUUACAUCUAAGAAUGAAACCACACAUGGUGGAGAUAUUGCAGGCUUCCUCGUAGGAGCGAGGCCAAAACUGGAAAGUUUCGAAGAAGACGAAUGGAACCCAGUAUUCCCAGAGGAUGCGCCCGCGGAGAAGAUUGCAUGGUUCUCGGGGUUGAUGAAGUUGAUGAAGGAGGACAAGAUGAAGUAUUUUAAAAACGAUAUGUGGGAACUGGAAGCUCUCGCAACAUCACCCUCUUGCCAGCAUCGCGGAGUCGGCUCUCUUCUUCUAACUCACUGGCUACAAGAAGUCGACAUCGCUCAUGGAACGCUAUACGUUCGCGCCUCACCGUCUGGGCGUGGCCUGUACGAGAAACUCGGCUGCGUGAAUAAGGGGGAGCACUCGGUCGACGUAAGCGAUCACGGAUGGACGCAGCCUAUUGUCAACACCAACAUGAUAAGAGCAGCCAAGGGCACGUGA